ACUCAGCUGAAAACGCGUCUGUGGCAGGUACCAGCACCAGACUAGUGCUUUACUACUGCUAAACACUAGUUUGGUUAUUUAUUUACCUGCUAUGACAAGAUAGCUGAACGGAAACACGGAAUGUACGGUCGCUGAGUUUAAUGUCGUUUGCUGCUGUAUUUAUGUGGAAGAAGAGCGACGUGGUGACGCUUGAACAAGUUUAAAUUCUACUGGAAUAAGUGUAAUAUUGUGUAUUUAGCGUACGCCAAAUUGACAACUGGAUUCUACUAAUACUUUGACAACUUAAGUCUUUCCCUCUCAAGUCCUCUGAGGCUGAGUGGACGGAGUUCAUCUCCACCCGUCUGCUGAGAGACAAACAUGCCGUCCAACAAAUCUGUGUCCGACGCUCCGAUCACCCAGUUCAUCCACUGCAGAAUACUGAGAGAGCACCGGCUGCAGAGAGAGGACCUGUGGGUGCGUGACGGGAAGAUUUUAGAUCCAGAGAAGUUGUUCUUUGAUGAACAAGGAUACGCAGACCAACAAGUGGACUGUGAAGGCAGCAUCAUCGCCCCGGGCUUCAUAGACGUCCAGAUCAAUGGAGGAUACGGUAUUGACUUCUCUCGUGCCUCGGAGGAUGUCAGCAGUGGAGUUUCUUUUGUCUCCAAAAAGAUCCUUCAGCACGGAGUGACAUCUUUCUGUCCCACGCUGGUCACGUCUCCUCCUGAAGUCUACCACAAGGUUCUUCCUCAGGUCAAAGUUCACGAUGGAGGACAGGAAGGAGCUGGAGUUCUUGGUUUCCAUCUGGAGGGCCCGUUCAUCAGCGCCGAGAAGAAAGGAGCUCACCCGGAGCGGUUCCUGCGGACCUUCCAGUCCGGAGGGAUGGAGGACCUGAUGGAGGCCUACGGCAGCCUGGACAAUGUUGCCAUGGUGACGCUGGCUCCGGAGCUGGCCGGCAGCCAAUCGGUGGUGAGGGAGCUCUGCCAGAGGGGCAUCACCGUGUCUUUAGGUCACUCGGUGGCUAACCUGUCCCAGGCCGAGGACGCCGUCCAUCACGGAGCCUCCUUCAUCACUCACCUGUUCAACGCCAUGCUGCCUUUCCACCAUCGGGACCCGGGUAUCGUGGGUCUGCUGACCAGCGACCAGAUUCCUGCCGGACGGACCAUCUACUACGGAAUGAUAGCCGACGGGAUCCACACCAACCCUGCCGCCCUGCGCAUCGCCCACAGAGCUCACCCCUCAGGUUUGGUUCUGGUGACGGAUGCCAUCACAGCGAUGGGUCUCCCUCCUGGUCAUCACACUCUGGGUCAGCAGGUCAUUGAGAUCCAGGGUCUUCACGCCUACGUGGCAGGCACUACGACGCUCAGCGGCAGCAUAGCCACGAUGGACAUGUGUGUGCGCCACUUUAAACAUGCUGCAGGCUGCAGCGUAGAGGAAGCUCUUGAAGCUGCUUCUCUCCAUCCGGCUCAGCUUCUUGGUAUCGUUGACAAGAAGGGAAACCUGGACUACGGAUCAGACGCAGACCUCAUUUUGCUCGAUGACGCCCUAAACAUCAAAGCCACCUACAUUUCUGGAGAGGAGGUCUGGAGAACAGCACCAUAGAAAAAGAAGCCUGCAGAUGGAAACCGCUGGAACCCACGGUGCCUUCAGGGGAAGCUGUAAAACACAGAACCACAAAUCUGUUGAAUGUUUUAGUUCAUCAGAAAACACUGAACUUUAUCUUCAGCUUCUCUUUAUUUCAAACAGGAUGGAUGAAAUCAAAUGACUGACACUUCACCAGUUGUACUUUUGAAUAUGUAGUUUAGGUUGAAAGUACAACUUAGACUGAUGACUGAAGUACUCGUGUACAACUGAGUUUGUUUAAAUAUUACUUAUUGAUAUUACUUCCACUAAAACUUUUGAUAAGGCUGCUUUUACAAUAAGAAAGAGUCAUGAGAGUUAAAUACAUGAAGCUCACAUUUGAUGAAUUUCCUUCAUUUCAUUUAUCUAUAGACAUUUAUUGUGUCCAUAGACUGAAUAUAAGAUGUGGAUGGAGCAGUCGAGACUUCACUCAUUGGCCGUCACCAUCUUGGUUUUUUUGACCGUUGCAUUCUUGGUUUUUGGCCGUCGCCAUCUUGGUUUCUGGAACCAUGAGCAGAAACCUGGAGUCUUUGUUAUUUUAAAAAACGAUUGGAUAACAUCAUAAUUCCUCAUCGGUCAGACAGUGUGGUAGUUAAUAUCAAGUUAUCGCAACUGAUCUUAGAUAUUGAAGUCAGCCCACCUCCUAUAGAGACAUGGAUCCAGUCCAAAUGGGGCUUCAAAUGUCCUGCAAAGGCCACCGUACAGAGAACUAUCGUUUUUAAAUUCAGAUAAAAACUUGACCUUUCCUCAAAACCUCUAGAUUGAAGAAUAUCUAAAUUGUCUCGCCAUAUUUCAUCCAUCGAGAAAUGCUGUUUUUUUUAGGGUUUAUUGAUCUUUAGAGCCUCACAGGUUUUGUUGGACUGAAUUUUCUUCUAGCCAGUACUUUACUUUUAUAAUUAAAUUAUCUCUAAAUCAAACAUCAGCAAACAAACCCUGAGUCAUAGUACUCUUAUCAGUGUUAGUAAAUUUGAGGAGUAUUUCUGACAUACUAUGGGGUUUUACGAAUGAUUAAAUGCAUUUAAUCACAUUUUACGCAGAUGUGAUUUAAAGGGAAACAUUUUGAUAUUAAACUGCAUAAAUCAACUUUCAGUGAAUGUUGCUGUUUGCUUUUGCUCUACUAUGUGAUGUUUAGCUGGAUUUUUGUUGUCUGUAGAAGAGUUUUUGCAUGAUUUAUCCUGUUUAUAUAUACUUUAAAUUAUAUAUAAUAGGGGACUCUAUUAUUUGACUGCUGAUAGACAGGUGAAACUGAACUUUUUUGUAAGCAAACACAACCCAGAAAGGUUGGAAACCACUGGGUAAAUGUCUUCAUUUUUUAAUACAAAAUCAUAAUUUGAGUAAAAGGUUAAAUAUUUCCCUCUGACAUUGUACUUUCCACUACUGACGUAUUCCUGCUGCUUUUAUUGGCCCGAUAGUUUUACCGCUUCAGUGAAGUUAAUUGACCACAAAAUGGAGACACUUUAGUUAGGGUUUUUUAAGGGGAGUUUUUCCUGUGCCGAUGUGAGGGUUCCAGGACAGAGGAUGUCGCAUGGGUACAGAUUGUAAAACCCUCUGAGGCAAAUUUGUAAUCUGUGAUUU